AUGUAUGAACUGCAGGUUCUUGAUAAGAAGAUUCCAGAUCUGCAACGCCUCCUUACACCUCGCUCCGCCUGGACACGCCUUGCAACGCCUCCUCACGCCUUCCCGGCGCUAAACGUGCAGAUCGCGAAACAGCCGGACGCCUCGGGCGUUUUCCUCCCGCCUCGCGCCGACGCGCGCUCCGACGCGCGCGAAGGCAUGCCUUUGAAAACACUGAUCCACAGGGCAGUGACCAACAUAGUUGUGGCAAGGUUGUCAUUAGCGAUGUUCUAUGGACCCAACAAGGACACAGUGAUUGGUCCAAUUGAGGAUUUGAUUGACGAGGAACACCCUCCAUUGUACCGGAGCUAUAAGUAUGCAGAGUUUUUUGAAGAAUUCUUCAAGCAAGAAGGAAAAAGAAGAUUAGUAAAGGAAGCUUUUGAGUUGCACAAUUGA